AUGACAGGAUUCCCCAUGACAGACUCAGGCAGCCCAGAAUUAAGUCAGCUCCGACUGGUGAACAGCCCGAGUCGCUGUGCUGGGAGAGUCGAGGUGCUUCACAACCAGUUGUGGGGAACCGUGUGUGAUGACUACUGGGAUUUAACUGAUGCUGGAGUCGUGUGCAGGCAGCUGGGCUGUGGGACAGCGUUAUCAGCCCCAGGCGGAGAUCGAUUUGGGCGAGGAUCAGACCAUAUCUGGCUGGAUAACGUUCACUGCACAGGGACAGAAGCUGACCUCUCCGAUUGCAGGACUCAGCCUUGGGGAGACAAUAACUGUAACCAUGGAGAAGAUGCUGGUGUUGUGUGCUCAGAUUCCAGAAUCUCAGAAGUGGCUCAGCUCCGACUUGUGAAUGGUUCGAGUCGCUGCGCUGGGAGAGUUGAAGUAUUUCAUAACAAGAAGUGGGGAACCGUGUGUGAUGACAGCUGGGACUUACAGGAUGCUGGAGUCGCGUGCAGGCAGCUGGGCUGUGGGACGGCGCUAUCAGCCCCCAUCAGGGCUCACUUUGGGCGUGGAUCUGACCAUAUCUGGCUAGAUAAUGUCAACUGCACAGGGACAGAAGUUUCCCUCUCCGAUUGCAGGGCUAGGCCUUGGGGAGAGAAUAACUGUACCCACGGAGAAGAUGCCGGUGUCGAGUGCUCAGAUACUGGCAUUUCAGAAGUGGCUCAGCUCCGACUGGUGAACGGCCCAAGUCGCUGUGCUGGGAGAGUCGAGGUGCUUCACAACCAGCAGUGGGGAACCGUGUGUGACGAUGAGUGGAACCUACAGGAUGCCGCAGUCGUGUGCAGGCAGCUGGGCUGUGGGACAGCGUUAUCAGCCCCAGGAGGAGCUCGAUUUGGGCGAGGGUCAGACCGAAUCUGGCUGGAUGACGUUCACUGCACAGGGACAGAAGCUGCCCUCACUGAGUGCAGGGCUCAGCCUUGGGGAGACAAUAACUGUAACCAUGGAGAAGAUGCCGGUGUUGUGUGCUCAGACUCUGGCAUCUCAGAAGUGGCUCAGCUCCGACUGGUGAAUGGUUCGAGUCGCUGCGCUGGGAGAGUCGAGGUGUUUCAUAACAAGAAGUGGGGAACGGUGUGUGAUGAUGGCUGGGACUUACAGGAUGCUGGAGUCGUGUGCAGGCAGCUGGGCUGUGGGAUGGCGUUAUCAGCCCCACGAGUGGCUCGAUUUGGGCAAGGAUCUGACCAUAUUUGGCUGAAUAAUGUCAACUGCACAGGGACAGAAGCUUCCCUCUCCAAUUGCAGGGCUCGGCCUGUGGGAGACAAUAACUGUACCCACGGAGAAGAUGCUGGUGUCGAGUGCUCAGCCUCUGGCAUCUCCGAAGUGGCUCAGCUCCGACUGAUGAAUGGCCCAAGUCGCUGCGCUGGGAGAGUCGAGGUCCUUCACAACCAGCAGUGGGGAACUGUGUGUGAUGACAACUGGGACAUAACUCAUGCUGGAGUUGUGUGCAGGCAGCUGGGCUGUGGCACGGCAUUAUCAGCCCCCGGGAGAGCUCGAUUUGGGCGAGGAUCAGACCGUAUCUGGCUGGAUGACAUUCACUGCACAGGGACAGAAGCUGCCCUCUCUGAUUGCAGGACUCAGCCUUGGGGAGACAAUAACUGUAACCAUGGAGAAGAUGCCAGUGUUGUGUGCUCAGAGUCCGGCAUCUCAGAAAUGACUCCGCUGCAACUCGUGAACGGUUCGCAUCGCUGCGCUGGGAGAGUCGAGGUGUUUCACAACCAGCAGUGGGGAACCGUGUGUGAUGACAGCUGGGACUUACAGGAUGCUGGAGUUGUGUGCAGGCAGCUGAGCUGUGGGACAGCGUUAUCAGCCCCCACUAGGGCUCACUUUGGACAAGGAUCUGACCAUAUUUGGCUGAAUAAUGUCAACUGCACAGGGAGAGAAGUUGCCCUCUCCGAUUGCAGGGCUCAGCCUUGGGGAGAGAAUAAUUGUACCCAUGAAGAAGAUGCCGGUGUCGAGUGCUCAGAUUCAGGCGUUUCAGAAGUGGCUCAGCUCCGAUUGGUGAACGGCCCAAGUCCCUGUGCUGGGAGAGUCGAGGUGCUUCACAACCGUCAGUGGGGAACCGUGUGUGAUGAUAGCUGGGACAUAACUCAUGCUGGAGUUGUGUGCAGGCAGCUGGGCUGUGGGACAGCGCUAUCAGCCCCAGGCAGAGCUCAAUUUGGGCCAGGAUCUGACCAUAUCUGGUUGGAUGAUGUUCACUGCACAGGGACAGAAGUUGCCCUCUCCGAUUGCAGGGCUCGGCCUUGGGGAGAGAAUAACUGUAACCAUGGAGAAGAUGCCGGUGUUGUGUGCUCAGACUCAGACAUUCCAGAGUUGACUCCACUCCGACUGGUGAACGGUCCGAGUCGCUGCGCUGGGAGGGUCGAGGUGCUUCACAACCAGCUCUGGGGAACCGUGUGUGAUAACGGCUGGGACAUAACUGAUGCUGGAGUCGUGUGCAAGCAGCUGGGCUGUGGGACGGUGUUAUCAGCCCCAGGUGGAGCUCGAUUUGGGCCAGGGUCAGACCGAAUCUGGCUGGAUGACGUUCACUGCACAGGGACAGAAUCUGCCCUCUCCAGUUGCAGGACUCGGCCUUGGGGAGACAAUAACUGUAACCAUGGAGAAGAUGCUGGUGUUGUGUGCUCAGGCUCAAGCAUCUCAGAAGUGGCUCUGCUCCGACUGGUGAAUGGCCCUAGUCGCUGUGCUGGGAGAGUCGAGAUGCUUCACAACCAGCAGUGGGGAACUGUGUGUGAUGGCAGCUGGGGCUUGUCCGAGGCUGAAGUUGUGUGCAGGCAGCUGGGCUGUGGGAUGGUGUUAUCAGCACCAUGUGGGGCUCGGUUUGGACAAGGAUCUGCCCGUGUGUGGCUGGAUGAGGUUCAGUGCACAGGGGCAGAAGCUGUCCUCACCGAAUGCAGGGCUAAGCCUUGGGGAGAGCAUGGCUGUAACCCUGGAGAAGAUGCCAGUGUUGUGUGCUCAGAUCAGGGCCAGCUGAGGCUGCGGCUGACGAGUGGCCCAAGCCCCUGCUCCGGGCUAGUGGAGGUGCUGAUUAACAACACCUGGAGUGCCGUGUGUGAUGCCGGCUGGGGCCUGCCGGAGGCGGAGGUGGUGUGCAAGCAGCUGGGCUGUGGCACGGCGCUGUCAGCCCCAGGGCUUGCUCAGUUUGGCCACGGGGCUGGCGACGUCUGGCUGGAGGGCGUGAGCUGCUCGGGUCAGGAGUCUCUCAUCAGCGAGUGCCAGCUGAGCCGGCUGGGUCCUGGGCUGUGUGGCCGUGGCUCCGAGGCCAGCGUGGUGUGUGCCGGGCAGGCCGGUCCUGGGCUACUUUGCUCUGUGCUUCUUGGUCUGGGUGCCCUCGUGGUGCUGAUCUGCGGCAUCCUGCUCUGCUGGAGGAUGUGUCGGGACAGAGCCGCUGGGAACCCCCUGAGCCACAUGCCCCUGGAGGAGCUGGGGGCUCCAAGGACCCCGGCCCAGCCCCAGGCAGCAGAAAAUCCAAAGCCCCCUGAGGAGCCCGACAGCGAUAUGACCUGGCUGGUGAGGGAAGACGCUGUGCUGUGAGAGCCGCAUGCCGGCUGAGCUGGGCUGGGCUGGGCUCAGCCUGCAGUGAGACGGGCCAGUGGGAUCCUGCCCAGAGCAGCCCCAUUACCAUCCCCAACUGCUUUGGAAACCUCCUCUGCUCCAUCCUCCCUCCCCCAAAGCUUUCCCUGGUGCAGGUCCCACGCCCAUCCCUGAGCAGCCUGUGCACAGCCAUGCAGACGGCAUGUGGUGCACCCUGCAGAACCAUUGUCAGGUGCACAGAGACAGCCGGUUCCUUCCCCACAAAGCAACCACCCCCACAUGCAGAUGAGCUAUGGGGAGAGACUGACUAUGGGUGUCUGUCUGUGCCCAAUGUGCCAGGCCCUGUCUGUCUGUGCCUGCUGCUCCAGGCCCUGUCUGUCUAUUUGUGCCUGAUGUGCCAGGCCCUGUCUGUCUGUGCCUGCUGCUCCAGGCCCUGUCUGUUUGUGCCCGAUGCCCCCUGAGCUUAGGGUGCUAUGCCCAGUCUGUCUGUGCCCAGUGCACUCUGAGCUUGGGGAGCCAAACCCCAUCUGUUUGUCUGUGCCCAAUGCACUCUGAGCUCAGGGCACCAGGCCCAUCUGUCAGUGCAGCAGCCAGCCCAGGCCCCCAGUAAAUGAUCGUUACUGUUUCUAGUAUGUAGAUAAGGUGCAGAACUAAGUGCAGCCGCAUGGCGGUGCCUUGCUUAUUGGAAAGGAAUGGGCCGGGUUACAGAUCCAGAGAGCUCCCCUCUAACCUUCCCACCACCACCCUGUCCUUGUACUGCAUAAACACCCGGCAGUGAUAUUACACAGCUAGACUCGAGACAGGAGCUGCGUCCAGGCACCAGCCCAGUUGUGCAUUUCACUGCAAUGUGCAGGUCAGCCUAAAUCAUCAUGAUGGUCCCUUCUGGCCUUAACGUCUAUAGCUCUAUGGAAUUGUGUGUAUAAUGAUAAUGUAGCACUAUCAGCAAGUCAUCCUCUUCAUUCCCUGGGAGGUGAAAUUAGCAGAGCCCUGGGUGGAUACAAAAUUUGUAUCCGCAUCCAAGCCGCAAUCCGCAAAAAUGAUCCAGGGUUCCCCGGGGCUAUAAAGCAGAUAUCUGUGAGCGUACAUUAGGUACGUUCGUCUUUCCACAAGGGACCUGUUCAGUUGGCUUUGCCUCUUUUAGACAACACUGGUGAGACACUUAGUGGAUGCUUCAAAAGUCCAUUGGCCUCUCCCUAGGUAAGGUUACCGUAGUUCAGGUUCCCCCAAGGAGGACA